AUGGAAGGAGAGCUAGACAAGUCGGAGGAAGAAAGUACAGCCCAGAGGACUCAAGUGCUUAAAAAGUUAGAUGAGGCAGUUCGAACAUUUGUACAAAAUACCAACGAGUUAAAGGAAAGGCUAGAGAGGAUUGAGACCCAAGUGCAAACGUGGAAAAGACAGGAGUAUCCCAAGGGUGCAGGAAAUAACAUAGAUACAGAUAUUGCAUUUGAUAUGAACAAUCGGAAUCUAAACAAAGCUUUACUUAGUCAAACUAUUCGUGAAGAAUUGUCAAAGUACAACCUAAAUAAAUCCGGUUUGCAAAAUAAAAUCCAAGUAGAAGUAUUAGAUGAAGAAAUGUUAGAAAAAGAUAAAGCUAGGGUACGAGACAUAAUAAUUAAUGGAAUUGAUCCGACUUAUCAUACUAAAGUAGCACACAUCCGCGAUCCCAAAGAACUUUUAAGUAAAAUAAAAGAAUUAAAAGAUAGUGAGGAGUUACUAUCCUCCGCAGGACUUAAACGGAAACUGUACAACAUUAAAUUCAAUCCCAGUAAGGAAACAGCUUCCACAUUUUGGGAUAAGUUCGAUAAAAUAGUUAGAACAUAUAAUAAUCUACCCGAUAUUACAGAAUUGUCCGAAAUUAAAGUUAAAGAUGCAUUUUUCGAAGCAAUAGUUACUCAUUUACCAAAUAUUCGAGAUGUUCAGUUCAUAAAUAAAAAUUCGACCGGUAAGGAAUUAAUAAUUGAUCAAUUAAAAACAUAUAUUGUACAGCAGGAAGCAGCUAGAAGAGAUAGGGCAGAAAAUACCCAAAUUCAGACAACACCAACGGCAGUUUUCACUGCGACAGCUAGAAGACAAGGAAUUUGUAGUACGUGUGGUAAUAAAGGGCAUCAACUGGACCGAUGCUCAAGAACGACUGCUAUGUACUACCGGUGCAGACGAUAUGAGGGCCAUAUCAGCACCACCUGCCCGUAUACAGACGAGCAAGUCGAGCAGAUGACAGGAAAGCCGGUGGCAGCUAGAACAGGCUCGUCAGAUCCCAAAAAGCCAAAGUUAGAUUAUAUUCGAGGUCAUGGUAGAGGUCGUGGUCAAGGUCGAGGUCGUGGUAAAGGAUCCCAAAAUCUGAAUCAGGGAAGCAAUACUAACAACAAAGAUGAGACAAAACAAUUGGUCAUAAAUUGUGCCAACAAUAAUGGGGAUGCGAUAAUGAGAUCGGAGGGAGUUGGACAGUUAGAUAGCUCUGAUGGAAGGAUAGCUAGAAAUAUAAAUAACAAUGAAGUAGUAGCUUAUGUAGCAGCAAACGAGCAUAAGUAUAAUACUAGAAGCUCAGCUGCAAUUCAAUCAAUUGACGAAACAAUGCAAACUGACACAAGUCCAGAAUCAGAACUUAACGAGCUUAGCUCUAAGUCUUCUGAUCUUUAUGAAACAUUAUGUGACAGAAAAAUAAGAAUGCUUUGGCAUGUUAGACUAGGUCAUGCAUCACUUCAGUACUUGAAAGAAUUUCAGAAGAAAUUCCCCAUGAUUAAAGAUUUGCAAGACACUAAAUUUGAUGAAUCAAUUAAGGAUUGCGAAGUCUGUAUUGUUUCAAAGUUCGAUAAAUUACCGUUUAAACAAGUUAGACAUAGAGCAGCAAGACCAUUACAGAUAGUACUUUCAGAUUUGAUGGGACCUAUAAGUCCAGCAAGUCACCCCAAAGGCCAUAGGUUUAUAUCAGUAUUUGUGGAUGAUUACUCCCGUGUAGCCAUGGCAUAUCCAAUGAAAAAUAAAUCAGAAUCUGGUAAAUUUUUAGAGGCAUUUAUUAGAAGUGUUAGAAAUUUGAUAGGAACAGAUGAAAAAAUGUGUUAUCUAAGAUGCGAUCAAGGUACAGAAUUUACAGGUGGUUAUACGUUAGAAGUUCUAGAAAAGUAA